CUAACACGUUCAUUAUUCCGUUGUCUCCUUUUCGAUAGCAGACGAUAUCGAUCAGCGCGUUACGUCAUUAUCGAUAACUUUCCCGAAGCAGAACCAAGUGCACUUGGCCAGUUAAUCCCUGGACCGCACCGAAUGCGUUUUCUUCUACUUUUCUAAAUCCACGAUGUGUCGUCCAGUCGCUUUCUCCUUCAGUCAGCAGCGUUAAGUUUUUAGGGGCGCUGCUAUUUUCAUUACCUUUUUUUUUUACGCGGAGGAGCGUCAACGUUGCUUAACGAGGGGAAUCCAGCCCAUAUAUUUAUUGUAGCCGGUGCAAAAAAAAUCUCCUCAAUAUACCCCAAGAUGGCCGCCGAUGUGGGAUCGAUGUUUCAAUAUUGGAAGAAAUUUGAUCUACGGCGGCUGCAGCCCUGCAAAACUGGGCCAACGUCAACAUCGAAGUUGCACCUUUGCAGAGAGGGAACUAAAUUCAGUGGCAGCACAACUGGCUGGGCGACAGGAAGAGAGCGAGCACUCCCAUAAGCACGUACUUGAGUUGAGUCGAGAGUUCAAGAAAAAUGUCCCUGAGGAAGUGCGAGAGAUGGUUGCUCCUGUCCUCAAGAGUUUCCAAGCCCAGAUUGUUGCCUUGAUCCAGCGCAGUAAGGAGGCAGAGUCUGCAUUUCUGGGAGUUUACAAACAGCUGAUAGAAGCCCCAGACCCUGCUCCAGUGCUGGAAGCCUCUUGCUCUCUGGAGGACCGUCUCGCACAGUUGCAAAGCUCUUCUCCGGACACCAAGGUUCUGGUCAAAGAGUUCUCGGGCCACUGGAGGAGAAACCUGGAGUGCCUUAACAGUGCAGAUAGUGUAAAAGAAAGCCCAGAAAGCAUACAGAGAGUAGCAGGGUCAGAACAAUUUCCCCAUAUGAUGACCCCAAAUGGCACACAGAGCCUCCAAGAUGGUGGCUUACCCCUUCAAAACCACCAGGGCCUGGAGGAAAGGGAAGCAGAUGAACCAGAUGCUCUGUCUGUCAGACUGGUGCAAGCUGAAGAGAGAACCAAAACUCUUCAGUUAGCACUGAACAAAGCCCAGUCAGAGAUGAAGGAGCUAAAGUGUAAAUACUACAAGGAAAUGGCUGCCAAAGCAGAGGAACUGUCCCAGCUCAAGAUGAACCUGGAGAAGGCCAGCCAGAGAGCAGAUUUGGCCCAGAGGGAGUUGGAGCGACUGAGGGACCAGUUAACCAGCAGUCACAGCGUUUCUAAAGGAAGUGACGAGGGUCCCAGUGAGGGGAAACCAGGGAGGGAUGAGAAGGACAAGUGCUCACCAUCGCGGCUGGAAGCAGUGCUGUUCUCCAAAGACAGAGAGAUUCUUCGCCUGCUUGAAAAUGUCCAGAGGUUGCAGUUCACUCUCCAAGAAGUGCAGGACUCCUCAGCAAGUCAGCUAGCAGACCUUGAACACCAGUUGGCCAUUAAGGCAGAGGCUAUUGAAAAAUUAGAGGUUAAACUGCAGUCUCAAUUGGACUAUGAAGAAAUCAAAACUGAACUCAGCAUUCUUAAAGCAAUGAAACUGACAUUGGCGAAUGGAAGCUCGUCCCAGGACUCUGACAAAGUUGCAGAGGUUUUGCUGCUUGACAAACAGUCUUUCCUACAUGCCAACAAAAUUCUGAUGGACAAAUCCAGAGUCAUACAGAGUCCUGAUGAAGACCAUUCAGAUUCUUCCAUUAGGGAUUUGGGGCGCCCCAUGAGCUCAUACUCCUCCCCUCCAGGAGCAUUACCAAUAGACAGCCAGUCAUCCUCCAGUCCAGCACCACCUAAUCCCGACGGGACCUCAGGGACCCAUGAGCUCCCACGAUCAUUCUCUGCAUCACCUUUCUCCAGUGAAAAGCAUGCUGCAGGGCCCCUCUUGCAGAAGCAGCUCCUCUCUCCUCACUUUAAGAAGGAGGGCACCUCACUCAUGGCCUUUCCCACCGCUCUGUUUGCUGCAAAAGCUGCCCUAAUGUCAGCCAAUCCAGGUUCUUCAGGGCCCUUGGUGAUGGAAACUGGCUUAGCUAGUGACCAGUCAGAGUGCGGCAGCUCAGGAGGUGGUGAUGAGGACCACAUGGACACAGCAGAGAUAGCCUAUCAAGUGAAAGAGCAGCUUCUCAAACAUAACAUUGGUCAGCGGGUAUUUGGGCACUAUGUUUUGGGCCUCUCCCAAGGCUCUGUGAGUGAGAUACUGGCUCGGCCCAAACCCUGGAGGAAGCUGACAGUCAAAGGCAAGGAGCCCUUUAUCAAGAUGAAACAGUUUCUGUCUGAUGAACAGAACAUCCUGGCCUUGCGCACCAUUCAAGUUCGCCAGAGAGGGAGUAUCACUCCUCGCAUCCGAACUCCAGAAACUGGGUCAGAUGACGCUAUUAAGAACAUUCUGGAACAGGCUAAGAAAGAGAUCCAAUCACAGCGAGGAGGUGAUAGUAAGUCCUCUCUGGGAUCCUCAACUGGUCGCAGCAGCAGUGGUGCUGGCAGUAAUUCAGAUGAGACUAUUAAGAGCAUCUUGGAACAGGCGCGUCGGGAAAUGCAGGCACAGCAGCAGGCCCUACUUGAGCUGGAGGCUAGCAGCCACAGUCUAAGCUCACAGGAGUCCCACAAGACCAUUUCUGGCCCUAUACCUACAUAUAUCAAGCAAGAAGAGGGCAGCACCAUGCCCAUGUGCCCAUCCAACCCCAUAGGCAGCCCCCAGACCCCCCUCAGCGUUCUGUCACCUGCUGCUUUUGUCCAAAACAUUAUCCGUAAGGUUAAGUCGGAAAUCGGCGAGGCUGGAACAUAUUUUGACCAGCACUGGUCUCGUCCCUUCACCUCGGUCUCACCCUCACUCUCCUCUUCCUCCUCCUCUGUGCCCUCCACAGUGCCCCGUGCUUGGAACAUGGAAUGCCCCAUGGGCACAGAGGAGGGGCCAGGCACUGAAGAGGAUGAACCUCCACCAAGCCAACCUGUGAAAGUGGAGUCAGAAGUGUGUGUAAGUGGGGAGCAGGCUACAUGUGGAGGACCACGAAUGAGCUACUAUUCCUCCUACAUUCCUCGCACUCUCAAGCCCACUGUGCCACCACUCACUCCUGAGCAGUAUGAGAUGUAUAUGUAUCGUGAGGUGGAUACCAUAGAACUCACACGCCAGGUCAAGGAGAAGCUGGCCAAGAAUGGCAUUUGUCAGCGAAUUUUUGGAGAAAAGGUACUGGGACUUUCUCAGGGUAGUGUGAGUGACAUGCUGUCUAGACCCAAACCCUGGAGCAAGCUCACACAGAAGGGACGGGAGCCAUUUAUUCGCAUGCAGCUCUGGCUUCUGGAUCAGUUAGGACAGAGCCUCAAUCAGCAGUCCAACCACAGUCACAACAGUGACAAAAGUCCUGUCACAUCUCACUCUUCACCAUCCCCUCCACUCAGCCCAGAGGACAACCAUCCCAGUAUGCCUCUGGAGCCAGUGAGUUUGGUGCUGGAGAGCAGCAAGGAGAACCAGCACCCUCACCCACAGCACACAGAACCUCACGGAGUAAAGGGCACAGUAGGCACAUUGGCAAUCCAGCAGCCUCACAUUCCACUAGGCAUUCAGGAGCUGGUAGCCAUGUCGCCUGAGCUUGACACAUAUGCUAUAACCAAGAGGGUAAAGGAGGUCCUGACUGACAACAAUCUAGGUCAGCGUCUGUUUGGCGAGAGUAUCUUAGGCCUUACACAAGGCUCUGUGUCAGACCUGCUGUCCAGGCCCAAACCAUGGCAUAAGCUGAGUCUAAAGGGCAGAGAACCAUUUGUGCGCAUGCAGCUGUGGUUAAAUGACCCACACAAUGUGGACAAACUGAGAGAUAUGAAGAAGAUGGAGAAAAAAGCAUACCUGAAACGCAGAUAUGGUCUGUUGAAUCCUGGCUCAGACACAGACUCUCCGGUAGCACGUUCAGACUCCAAUAGCCCAGGUCUUGCACAAAUGGAGCUGUGUGCUUACAGCCAAGCUAAGAAGCCCAGAGUAGUGCUAAACGCAGAGGAGAAGGAGGCUCUGAGGAAGGCAUACCUGCAGGAACCCUACCCAUCCCAGCACACCAUUGAAAUGCUGGCCACCCAGCUCAAUCUCAAGACCAACACAGUUAUCAACUGGUUUCACAACUACAGGUCUCGAAUGCGGCGUGAGGUCCUCGUGGAAGGUUCUCAGGACAAUGAAGCUGAUGCGGAGUAUAACUUCUCUCCGUCAGUGAGCUGCAGUCCAAUUUCAGAUGUAGAUGAAAGAAAAAAAACCCAUUCAAUUUGCAAUGGACCCACAAUGAUCAGUAUCAAACAGGAAAUGGAGGAAGAGGAGGAGAAGCUGCAUAUCAGGCAGGAUACAUGCUCCGCCAUGACUGUGCAGUUCAUUGAGAUGAAGACUGAAGAGGACCAGACAUCUGGCAGCAGGGACCUGACAUCAUGUUGUCCUCAAAGUCUCAGGCAGGAGGAAGCUUGCAUCCACAAACUCUGUUCUAGUUCUGUUUCCUCAGACAACAUUCAGAAAAGCAACACAGCCACACUUGAAGGGGAAAAUAAAUCACCGGUGGACCCAGCAAGCUUCAAGGCAUCAUCAGAGGCAUGCCGCAGCAGUCUGGAGGUGUCCCUAGAAUCCCCCUCAGCUGCUUCUUCUCCUGGCCUCAUGAUGUCUGUCUCACCUGUGCCGUCUUCUUCCGCCCCCAUUUCUCCAUCUCAGUCUCUCCAGUCCAACACCAAGAUAAGCAAGAGCACACAGAGGCGUGAUGAGAAAAUGGCCAACCUUAGCAACAUCAUCCAUCGGCUUGAGCGAGCAGCCAAUCGUGAAGAGACGCUGGACUGGGAGUUCUAGAGCUUGAAGCUUAAAUAUACUCUGUUCCUGAAGGGGGAUUUCUCAAUCAUGAAGCUUUUGCCUAUCAUCAGGAACAAGGAAGCGAUAUACUCUGUCCCACAGAUAAAAUAUUGUCCUGUUAAAGACUUUCCAAAACUUUAAACAAAUGAUUAUUUAUAAACAUGUUUUAGGUAUUUUGAUAAAGGUAUCCUACUUUGAGUUAUACAGUAUGUUACAGCACUAGCUGUCAUGUUUUAAACCAAGGAGCAAAGAGAAACUUGGAUGUGAAGACUUUGCAGCUAUGGUGUCAUGAAAUGCACACUGAAGUUCUAUAGAUUGCCACUGGGUGAGAUUAUUUCAAUGUGAGACCUCUGUCUUAAGCCAUCAAAAGCACUACUUAUUUAAAAAAAAAAAAAAAAAGGACUCUGACCAAAUUUGCUACUUUUUGAAUAGCAAUUUUUCAGAUUUUGUCUGUAAAACUGGCAGUUAAAGUCAAAUAAUGUUGAGAACUUUAUACUGACUUGAGGGAUAGUCCUUAAAGACUCUAAAUAGUGAACAAUACAUAUGUACUUAGUUUCUUGUUGACAUGUUUUGGAACAUUUGUUACUCAAGCGUAUAAUGUGUGGUUGUACGUGCUGUAGAAAUUGUCUGCAAUAGCCUUUCUCCGAACAAGAUGUAGCAUGGUACUCGAAUUACCCUCUUAUCCUCUAUAGAUAGUAUCCUGUGAUAUACUUGAGCGAUAAAAGUGAAAACAGUGGAAAAAUUAGCAAAAAAAAAAAAAAAAAAAAAAUUGAAAAAAGGGAUUGUAAGAAAAAGAUUAUUGAUAUAAUAUUUUCAGUGAAGCUGUUAUUUUGGGGGGUUUGGUUGGUUUCCUUUAAGGAUUUUUUGGGGUUUACUUGUAAGGCCUUUUUGUGCAUUUGGAAGCCAGUGAGCCAUUUGAAACGUUUGAGCAAUGUCUUCACUAAUUCAUAUUGCAUUUACCUCACACUUCCUCUGAUGCACUGAUCUUUCACAGACAUGGGGCAAGGCAAUGGACAUAACUCAGCAUUAUUUUUCUGAACUAAGGAUAUGAUCCCUACAGUUCAAAAUUCUACGCUUUUAAGUUCCACCAACUAUGAUUUUAACAGUAAUUCAAUAAUGAUGUAGUAUAUGCUUGAACCGAGUAUCAAAAAACAAUACAAUAGGAUGUGACGGGGUAGCUUUUUCACUGGGAACAUUAUAGCAUGCAUAUGUUUAAAAAAACAACAUUUAUUCCUGUUUCAUUAGUAGGCAUUAAUUAAGUUCAGGAAUUCUGGCCUCCUCAGAACAUGUAGACACUCUUGUGCUUGCUGGUCCUCUAGGAGGCCAUUUAUCCCUUAUGUGUGUGUCAUGGCAAACAUAGGCAGCAACUACACCCUUUUUAUAGUUAUGAUUUAAUAUAUACCUCUAUCACUGAUUCAUUGUAUUAUUUGCAUGGGCUGUCAGAUACCACAAGAUGAUGUGCUGUAAUGUGGAUGUCCUCAUCAUGUCUGUCCCUGAGAACUGAAAUCAGAAUAGGCACACUUGGAUUUUUUUUUUACAUAAAUAGAGUAAAUGCACUGUCCUUGGAAAAUAAACACAAAGGUUGUAAUAACACUGAGAAGUAUAUAAGUCAAGGGACAUUUCAAACAAAUCUCCUCUUUGAGAAGACAAUUUGUGAGCUACACCACAAUUUUGCAACAUUUACAUUUUUUAAAUAUACAUAUACUUAAAUCAUACAUUAGGUUGCUUUCACAUUAGCAAUUUUAUCUACAAAAUAAAGCUAAAAUUGGCUGGAGCAUCUGUGAUGAGACGGAAAAAGCAGUUCACUCUGGCGAUGAGAAUGCUAUGAUUUGGAGGCAGAAUAUCAAAAGAAGGAGAGCUGAGCAAACAUUGAAUGUGCUCCGAUGUGCCCCAAAACACACCAGUGGCAGUCAUGCUAUGUGAAAGAUUACUUGGAAAAUAUGCUAGCAUUUGUGGGAUAAAAAUGUAUGGUAAAAUUUGGUAAAAACAAAAUACAUCACAUAGGUUUAUAGUUUGAUUAAUCCCUCAAGACAGAAUAUUUUGCAGUGUUUAGUUUCAGAUGACUUAAAAGCUAAAACAGGAACGCUACAAAUACAUUAGUGUAAGAAUGAAUUGGUCACAUUUACAAAACUUGUCAAAGGGGGAGAAAACCAUGCUAACAGUUUUUAUCAAAACAAAUUUUGUGACUUUUAAAAUCCUUUGUUUAGUCAACUACUAAAAUAGUAAGCGCCUAAAUGAUGUUUUUUCCCCCACACUUAUCCUUUAAAUAAUUGAAAAAUUUGCCUGAUAUUUGGGGGCAUUCUGCUGCUGGGUACUUAAAUACCUUGAAAUCCUUUUUUUUUGGACACAAAUACAAGUGUUUUGCUACUGAGUUUAGUUUUUCUUUUUUUUUAUUUUUGGUAGAUGUAGGUCUUCAAUACCUCAUAUAAGAACUACUUUACAGCACUUACUGUUUUUUUAAAGAAUAUUUGAGAAUAGUGGACAUAUGAAAACUGUUCUAAUUGUUUGUUCCACAGGUCUUUGCCUUGAUGUAUUGUUGAAGUUGAUAGUAAAACACUUGCACAUGUCUUAUUAGUACUGAGGAUUGAAAUAAUAAACACAUGUAUAGAUAUAUGAAUAUUACACAUUUACUGGGAAAUAAUAUCUUAGGGUCCAUGUUGCUAGUGUGCUGAUGUAUUUAAAUAGAUUGUACAGUUAUAUUAACCAAACACAGAGUCAGACCUCGUUUGGGAAUCUUGCCCAUGUUCUAGAACCUUCUCUCAGGGUUAUCUAGCUUGAUUAAGCUUUAUCAAACCAGUCAGGUUACAUUGCUGGUUAGCUUAAAUUGUUCAUGACUUCUGUUUAAUUUUCCUACAACACAGAGUGAUUUUAUUUAGAGCCUAAUUUCUCUGUGUUCUUCACAAUUUCUAGCAAUUGGAGCAUCAUUUUGACCUGAGAAUUAGUUCAACUUGAGCUGAAAUUGGGAAACUGAAAGAGCAUGUAUGUGUGUACUUAUUCUAAGCUAAUCUCUUAGUCUUCAGUACUUUAUCAAAACAAUGUACAUUUUUAGCUGAUUUUCUCCAAGCAUGUUAGUUUGUUUAAAGUACCUUGUUGUACUAAUUGUGAAUCCUAUUUCAAGGUACAGUAUGUACCAUACCGAUAAAUCAUUUUGACAUGAUCAUCUGAUAUAUCAUAGUAGAUAUACAUUUAUAUACCUAGAAUUAUUUCAGAUCAUAUCAUUGAUACACAUCACAUACUGGUAACAUCAUACCAGUAAACCAUUCCAAGCCCAUGCUUAAGUCAGAGUUCAUUUCAGCCAAUUUAUUGGGUAUGUGCCUUUGGCAACUCAAAAAAAAAAAAAAAAAAAAAAAAAAAAUGGUGGCAAAUUACGACUGUUGCUUUGUGAGAAAACUGCAAACAAAAAUCCAGUCCAGGCAGACUGUAAUUCUCUUUAUUCAAGAGCCAGUACACUGGACAUAAAACACAACACUGAUCUCUUUUGAAUACUGACACUGCCCACUUACUGCCUGCAGCAGAGAUGAUUCAUAACAGCAAAAACAAUGCCAUUCCUUGAAUGAGUUCAAAGUUCCUUACAGUACUCUAUUUUAAAUUAGUUUUAUUUGAAUUAUGCCUUUACUUUAGAUUUCUUUUUUUUACAUACAGUUUUGUUACAUUUCCAUCAGGAAGAAAUAGUAUAUUGACUUUUUUAUCUCAUGUAAUCAAGAGUAAAAACUUCUUGGAGAGCAGUUCCCUGCAUGCCAAUACUGUAAUUUGUAAGGACACAUGGUGAUGCUUGGAAACAGGAUUUAAUUUCAAAAUUAUUUUAGCCACAAAGAUCCUGUUCAUUUUGGUGCUUGGGUGUGUUGUAGCAUAUCUAAAAAUUCCCUUAAACGGUCUUCAAGACAAGUUAUAAAUUAGAAAUGCUUUAGUUGUGUGAAAGUGAAAUUAGCCCUGAAAUGUCCUUAUGAUGUGUGAAAUGACUCCUGCAAUAUUUAAACAUUUUAAACAGCAAAAAAACUCAGGAGCUAAAAGUUUGAGAUAUUUUCACUUCUACCCCUUUUCUGUGAAAUAUUCCCAUUUUGACGCACAUCUCACAUGUCAUGUCUCAAUCAUAUGUAUCAAGCCAUUGUUGAAUACAGUACAUCAUUAUAUAACAGCCUUUGCCUUGUAUUGUUCUCUGUAACAAUGAACAAAUCUCUCUCCUCUCUCUCUCUCUCUCUCUCUCUCUCUCUCUCUCUCUCUCUCUCUCUCUCUCUCUCUCUCUCUCUCACACACACACACACACACACACACACACACAGUCUAAUUGUCAUUUUUCAAAAUGCUAUAAGGAAAUAUUUUGGAGUUGUAACUAAUUUAAGACCAACUAAGUGAUGCAGUAUUAUAGAAUUUCUUUGUUAAUGAGUCAGUUUUCCCAUGUUGUCACCUCUUGAGGACAAUACAGGCAGAUCACGAAAACUCGGGUGUCAGCUUAUGGAUUAUUAUAAUGGAUGUGACAUGAAACAAUGAGACAAACUUUACAUACCCUGAAUUUUAAAUACCCUUGUUUUUAACCCUUGUACAAACAUAUAUAUGAGAAUAUUAAGAGAAGUGGUAUGAGCAAUUAAGAUUACCAAUAUUUCAGAAAACAUCAAGUGUUUAUAUAUUGUUCUCUAAUAUCUUUUUGUUUAUUCAAUAAAAGGGAUAAUGAUCACAUAAAGCUAAAUUUUAAAAAAUCUUAAAAGGCCCAACCACCCACAGCAUGAGAGGAAAAGUAAACAAUUAAUCAUACAAAGGAACUGAAUAGAACUAAAUACAGUUGUCAUACAUUUUCGUUUGAGAUCAAAAGAAAGAUACAGGAUGAGAAUUUAAGAUUGCAGCUUUUAUUUUCUGGAAUUUUUAUCUAGACCACCCAAAUUUUAGGUGAGCAAAAGGACAUAGGACAUAAUAUGGUUGCAUAUUCCUAGAUUUCAGUAACUGCCUUAAGACUGUAACUCGUUGACCAAAUUGCUGGUUUCUACUUUUGUGAUGCUUUUCCAGGUUUUCCCCAUAGUCUACUCAGCAGGACAUGAAAUUGCUUUCUUGGUUUAAGGUCUGCUUAGUCAGUCUAAAACCCUCCAUUGUUUCCUCGAUUAGUUUCCAUGUUGUGUUACAUGUGUUGUGGGUAAUUAUCUUGCUGCAUGUUGAAGUUCCUACAACUUUCAGAUUUAUUCUGCUGCUACUACCAUGGGUUAAAUGAUCAGUAAAGAUAAGUAAUAAUGUUCCAGAAGUAGAAAUUCAAGCCCAUGACACUACCUCUACCAUUCUUGACCAAUGAGCUUGUAUGUUUUAGAGUAGAUCCACACCAUUUUGGCUUUUUCCCAUCACUUUAGUAGAGUUCAUUUUGGCUCCAGACAUUUUGUGGCCCCUCUCUAAACUUCUUUGCAAUUUCCUGAUUCUUUCAGCCAAUGGUGGUUUACAUCUUGUGGUAUAGCCCUUGCUGAUGUCACUAAAUGUUUUCUACACAGCUUUGACAGUGUUUCUGUCUCCCGACUUGUCUGAUGCCUGGUUGUUUGUACACCAGUGGCCACUUCUUUUUUAGGACAUCCCACAUUGUUGUAUUUUCUAUGCUCAGUGCUUGUGCGAUGGUUUUGACUGAUUUUCCCUUUUUUCUUAGCUUCAAAAUGGCUUGCUUUUUACCAUAUACAGCUCAUCGAUUUUUUGGUCACACAAUUAUCCACAAUACAACUGACAAUGAAAGCUAUUUAUGAUCAGUUGAAUAAAAACCUCACCACCUUCAUGUUGGCUUAUUCUUAUUAAAAACAAAUGGAGAAUUCACUGGUUAAAAUGAAGACUAAACCAGGAGAUGUUCAUAUGCAUAAGAAAUUCUUCUUAUGGUUUUAAGGGUGGUUGGCAUACCGACUUAAAGGUGCAUUACUGGCAACUACUGGUCUGGAAGAAGAAAGAAAAUUCUCUUGGUUACACAGCGAGACUGGAUGUUUCCCUAAACCAGGGGUAUUCAAUUCAAAGAGGUCCAGUUACUAAAAUUUCCUCCCAGCAAAGGUC